AUGAGGCACAUGUAUCUGCUGAGUCUGGUUCUUCUGUUAGCACUGACAGAGAACAUCCUGAUGCAAACACCCUGCGUACUUGGAUAUGUAAAGCGCAAGGGAAAGUGUGUAGAGGACAAUGAGUGUGUGCCUCAACCAUCCAUUUGUGGAGAAAAUGCAAGAUGCAUCAACACUGUUGGCAGCUACUACUGUCAAUGUCAUGAAGGAUUCACAACUCUUUCAACUCAUAAUUUCACACAAGCGGAUUCAAUUUCAUGCAAAGACAUCAAUGAAUGUGUGGUUGGCAGCGCUGAUUGUGGUCCUAAUACAAUAUGUGUCAAUUCUGAAGGAGGUUAUAAAUGCACAUGUGCAACUGGCUACAUUUCCAGCAAUUCAGGACAAGGAGUUCAGUGUAUUGACAUCGAUGAAUGUGUGGUUGGCAGCGCUGAUUGUGGUCCUAAUACAAAAUGUGUCAAUUCUGAAGGAGGUUAUAAAUGCACAUGUGCAACUGGCUACAUUUCCAGCAAUUCAGGACAAGGAGUUCAGUGUAUUGACAUCAAUGAAUGUGUGGAUGGCAGCCCUGAUUGUGGUCCUAAUACAAAAUGUGUCAAUUCUGAAGGAGGUUAUAAUUGCACGUGUGCAACUGGCUACAUUUCCAGCAAUGGAAAAGAAAUAUUUAAUGCAGGACAAGGAGUUCAGUGUAUUGACAGAGAUGAAUGCAAUGAUCCCAGUUUUUGUGGAAACCAUGCAUCAUGUCAUAACACUGCUGGAGGUUUCUACUGCAUCUGUGAUGCUGGAUUCAGACUAAAGUCAGGAGAAACUAACUUCACUGAUACAAGUGAACUCUGCGAGAGUGUAUGUGACAUUGAUAAAUCUAUAUGUGGAGGAGGAGUCUGCAAAAACAGCAAAGACGGUCAUGAAUGUUUGUGCAGCUUAGGAUUCACCAACUAUGGUCACAAACAAAUGAAAUGCACAGAGCUUAAGUGUGACAGAUUAUUAAGUGAGAGCAAAGCAUCUCAGGCAUCACCAAAGCUCACAAAACUCACCUCUUUGAUGAACAACAGCUGUCAGGUACUGAGUCAGAGCGAGUCUGUCCGGAAUAAUACACAAGUGGAUGGAGAGAAACUUUUGGAGGCAUUGCUGUGUGAUCAAGAUGAUCUGCUUCAUGGUGGCUUCAAUGGUGAUAAUGAUAUAGUCUCAGCAUUUCUUAGGAUUGUGGUAAUCAUACUAAAACUGAUCGGACAUCUGCUGUCAGCAAGCCGAACCAGGAAAAUAUGCGCUAAAGCUGAUGUGGAGCUGUUAGUAAAGAGGGGCAAUUCUCCACCUGAGGGUCAUUUCAUGAUGAAUACUAGUGGAGCACAAUUGACCUCCCACUGGGACACAGCAACAGGAAAUACAUACCUCGGCUUUACGACUGCAGCUCUCCUCAGCUACAAAGGUCUGGAGGAAUCACUCAACUGCUGUUUUAACCAUUUAGAGACACAGCAAAAGCAAACUUUCAAGAUCAAUUCAAAAGUAGUAACUGCCACUUUUAGUAACUAUGAGACAACCAACCUAAAGAAACCAAUAAAGCUCACGUUUUCUCACUUGACGAAAAAGAAUGAGAAGCAUAUGUGUGUGUUUUGGGAUCCUGAACUGGAAGGGGGCGCGUGGUCAACACGUGGCUGCACUACAGUGAGAUCCAGUGCCGAUCAGACCGUCUGCUCCUGUUCUAAGCUCGGCAGUUUUGCUGUGAUGACGGUUCUCUGUGACACUGGGGUCUGUAGGCCUACUCUUAACUUUUGUCAGCAAGGCAGUAAAUCUUAAGCUCAUCAUAGAAGUGAAAAUUCUAAGCCAAAAGUAGGGGGGGGGGAGUAAAUGAACAGUGCUAUUUUCCACCCUCAAUGGCUGAGGUGCCCUUGAGCAAGACAACUAACCCCCAAUUUUAAAUGGCUGCAGAACCCCUGCUGUGUGUGAAUGGGAUAAAUGCAGAAGACAAAUUCAGAGUAUUGAAGGAUAUAAGGAUCUUCAAAUUCAAACUGUGUGUGUUUGUUCAUUUCAAGGCUUUUAUUAUCACAGUUGUUGUGAAAUAAUUUUCCAUUGCUAUUGCUUGUUGUAUAAUAACACUUGUCGGAUUUGUGUUUCUCAUUUGAAGCCUGAGCAUUGAAACGUA